CGGAGAUGAGGAGCAGGAGCAAUUCCGGGGUCCGCUUAGACGGAUACGCGCGGCUGGUGCAGCAAACAAUCCUGUGUUACCAGAAUCCCGUCACGGGGCUGCUGUCAGCCAGUCAUGAGCAGAAGGAUGCCUGGGUGCGGGAUAACAUCUACAGCAUCCUGGCCGUGUGGGGCCUGGGCAUGGCCUACCGCAAGAAUGCUGACCGCGAUGAGGACAAGGCCAAGGCCUACGAGUUGGAGCAGAACGUGGUGAAACUGAUGCGGGGUCUUCUCCAGUGCAUGAUGAGACAGGUGGAUAAAGUGGAGAGGUUCAAGCACACUCAGAGUACCAAGGACAGCCUGCAUGCCAAGUACGACACCGCCACCUGCAGCACCGUCGUGGGCGACGACCAGUGGGGCCACCUCCAGGUGGAUGCCACCUCCCUCUUCCUCCUGUUUCUGGCCCAGAUGACUGCCUCCGGCUUACAUAUUAUUUUCACUCUUGACGAGGUGGCCUUCAUACAGAAUCUUGUUUUUUACAUAGAAGCUGCAUAUAAAGUCGCUGAUUAUGGAAUGUGGGAACGUGGAGAUAAGACCAAUCAGGGCAUUCCAGAACUGAAUGCGAGCUCUGUAGGAAUGGCCAAGGCAGCCCUAGAGGCAAUUGACGAACUGGACCUUUUUGGAGCACAUGGAUGUCGCAAGUCCGUGAUCCACGUUCUGCCCGAUGAGGUCGAACACUGCCAGUCUAUUCUGUUCUCCAUGCUGCCAAGAGCAUCGACAUCUAAAGAGAUUGAUGCUGGGCUUCUUUCCAUUAUUUCUUUCCCGGCCUUUGCAGUGGAAGAUGUGAACCUUGUGAAUGUGACCAAAAAUGAAAUUAUUUCCAAGCUCCAGGGACGUUAUGGAUGCUGUCGCUUCCUUCGAGAUGGUUAUAAAACCCCAAGAGAGGACCCCAACCGAUUGCAUUAUGACCCUGCUGAACUCAAGCUCUUUGAAAACAUUGAAUGUGAAUGGCCUGUGUUCUGGACUUAUUUCAUAAUCGAUGGGGUCUUCAACGGUGAUGCUGUUCAGGUCCAAGAAUACCGAGAGGCCCUGGAGGGAAUCUUAAUCAGAGGCAAGAACGGGAUCCACCUGGUGCCUGAACUCUACGCCGUCCCGCCUAACAAGGUAGAUGACGAGUAUAAGAAUCCUCACACGGUGGACAGAGUUCCUCUGGGGAAGGUGCCCCAUCUGUGGGGUCAGUCCUUGUACAUCCUCAGCUCCCUGUUGGCAGAGGGAUUCCUUGCCACUGGUGAAAUUGAUCCCUUAAAUAGAAGAUUUUCCACUUCCGUCAAACCUGAUGUCGUAGUACAAGUGACUGUUCUGGCGGAAAACAGCCACAUUAAGGAGUUGCUGCGGAGACAUGGGGUGAACGUCCAGAGUAUUGCUGACAUUCACCCAGUCCGAGUCCAGCCAGGCCGGAUUCUUAGUCACAUAUAUGCCAAGCUUGGACGGAAUAAGAAUAUGAAAUUGAGUGGGCGACCAUAUCGGCACAUUGGUGUCCUUGGAACAUCUAAACUAUACGUGAUUAGGAACCAAAUCUUCACUUUCACACCCCAGUUCACUGACCAGCAUCACUUCUACCUGGCCCUGGACAACGAGAUGAUCGUGGAGAUGCUGAGGAUCGAGCUAGCCUACCUGUGCACCUGCUGGCGGAUGACGGGCAGACCCACGCUCACCUUCCCCAUCACCCAUACCAUGCUCACAAACGAUGGCUCAGAUAUUCAUUCUGCUGUUCUUUCUACAAUUCGAAAACUAGAGGAUGGAUAUUUUGGAGGAGCCAGAGUAAAAUUAGGGAGUCUUUCGGAAUUUCUCACCACCUCUUUCUACACAUAUCUGACCUUCCUGGAUCCAGACUGUGAUGAGAAGUUGUUUGACGAUACCAGUGAAGGGAGCUUCAGUCCUGAUAGUGAUUCAGAUUUGGGAGGAUAUUUGGAAGACACCUAUAAUCAAGAAAGCCAGGAUGAACUUGACCAGUAUAUCAACCACCUCCAGCAAAGCACAUCCUCGAAGUGCUAUCUGCCACCUCUUUGUAAGAAGACAGAGGACAGCCAUGUUUUCAGUGCCAUCUACUCCACUCGGGAUAUACUUUCUGUGAUGGCAAAAGCAAAGGGUUUGGAAAUUCCAUUUGUUCCCAUGGCUUUGCCAACUAAAGUUCUAAGUGCCCACCGUAAAUCGCUGAAUCUUGUUGAUUCUCCUCAGCCGCUCCUAAAAAAGGCCCCCGAAGAUGACUUCCAGUUUCCCAGAGAUGACCACGGCAACGUAGACUGUGAGAAGCUGGCUGAGCAGCUAAAAGAUUGUUCGAACCUACAGGACCAAGCGGACAUCCUGUACAUUCUGUAUGUAAUAAAGGGUCCCCGCUGGGACACAAAUCUCUCUGGACAGCACGGGGUCACUGUUCACAACCUCCUCAGCGAGCUCUAUGGAAAAGCCGGCUUGAACCAGGAGUGGGGUCUGAUCCGCUACAUCUCUGGCCUACUCAAGAAGAAAGUGGAAGUCCUGGCUGAGGCCUGCACGGACCUGCUGUCGCACCAGAAGCAGCUCACGGUGGGCCUGCCGCCAGAACCCCGGGAGAAGACCAUCUCUGCGCCUCUUCCCCCCGAGGAGCUCACAGAACUUAUCUACGAAGCCAGCGGGCAGGACAUCAGCAUUGCCGUCCUCACACAGGAGAUUGUGGUUUACCUGGCAAUGUAUGUCAGGGCACAGCCCAGCCUCUUCGUGGAGAUGCUCAGACUCCGGAUUGGACUCAUCAUUCAGGUGAUGGCCACGGAGCUGGCGCGGAGCCUCAACUGUUCAGGAGAAGAAGCUUCUGAAAGUUUGAUGAACCUCAGCCCUUUCGAUAUGAAAAAUCUCCUACACCAUAUUUUAAGUGGAAAAGAGUUUGGUGUUGAAAGAAGCGAGCGGGCACCAGCAGGCAAACAAAACCGGCAUCGUGCGAUCAGAUGUGUUUUGCAGGCGCUGCUCCAGGUGCUGGAAAGAGUGCCGGCCAGGGCAGACACGGCGGCCUCUCACGGAGUGCGUGGUCGAGUGGGAGAGAGAGACGUGGAUAAAAUGCGGCCUAUCCAUUCCUCCACAUCCAGCCCUGCCAUCUCCAUCCAUGAGGUGGGACAUACUGGAGUCACCAAAACCGAGAGGAGUGGCAUCAGCAGGCUGAGGAGUGAGAUGAAACAGAGGUCCAGCACCCCAUCCUCACCCACGGGCACGUCAUCGUCAGACUCAGGUGGGCAUCACAUCGGCUGGGGCGAGCGGCAGGGCCAGUGGCUGCGCAGGAGAAGGCUGGACGGGGCCAUCAACAGGGUCCCCGUGGGAUUUUACCAGAAGGUGUGGAAUAUCCUUCAGAAGUGCCACGGUCUGUCCAUCGACGGUUAUGUGCUCCCAUCCUCGACGACGCGAGAGAUGACCCCACAGGAGAUCAAGUUUGCUGUCCACGUUGAGUCGGUGCUGAACCGAGUGCCGCAGCCUGAGUACCGGCAGCUGCUGGUGGAGGCCAUCAUGGUGCUGACGCUGCUCUCGGACACGGAGAUGAACAGCAUUGGGGGCAUCAUCCAUGUGGACCAGAUCGUGCACGUGGCCAACGAGCUGUUCCUGCAGGACCAGAUGUCGAUCGGUGCCACGGACACACUGGAGAAGGACCAAGCCACGGGCAUUUGCCACUUCUUUUACGACAGUGCUCCCAGCGGGGCUUAUGGGACAAUGACCUACCUAACGAAGGCGGUGGCUUCUCAUUUGCAGGAAUUGCUGCCCAACUCAGGCUGCCAGAUGCAAUAGGGCCUCGGCGCUCUGAGUCUGUCACUUUCUCCUGGGAACUUUCUUGUGUUCCCCAAGAUCCCCUGUGCUGUCACAAAAGCACUUCCCCUCAGAAGCGCUGGCAGGGAGGAGGUGGCGGAGACACACCUGAAAGCAGUAUAUACGUCCAGCCGAGGAGCGCCCUGGGAUCGCCGUCUUACACUCAUUUUGCUGGGAAGUUUGGCACAGCGUCUGGCUCCUGGAGUCUGAGGAGGUAUCGGAAAUGGGUCUACUUUGAGUGCAGAGUGAGGUGAGAAGGCAGCUUAAACUGGCUUUCGCAGAGUUACCGAGCAGGUUCAACGAGCUCGUGACACAUCUUCAAGAUGGAAAGAUCCUUCGAGCAGCUGCGGACCUUGACAAGGGGCACAUCUUAACAGGGUACAGUCUGUCUGUCUGUGGGUCAAAAUGUUUGUUUAGCAAAUAGAACAACUCCU